GUAAAGGCUUGCACUUGCUGAUCAAGUGAAGUGUGUAUCAGUGAGUUCAGACAAUCAGUCAUGAGGUUUCCUUUCUGUUUCUGUCUUUUCCUCUCUGUACUUCAUUUUAUUAAGGGAUGUCAUGUUUCAGAUCAUAGAGAGUGUAAAAUAGUAACAGGUUACACAGGUGGAUCAAUCCUGCUGCCCUGCUCCUGUACUGACCCUCAGUCUACAGUCAGGACAUUCAACUGGAUCCACUAUAAAAGAGAAGGCCAGUGGCUUGGAGUAUUUAAAGAUGACAACUACAAGAACAGACUGAAGCUAUUUAAUCAAAGUUCUCCAGCGAAUCUGUCUCUGCUCAUUUCUGACCUCAGAAAGAAGGAUGAAGGGUUAUAUAGAUGUGAGGGUCCACAAACUACAAAUAUUACAUAUACAGACAUUAACUUACAAAUUCAAGGGUGUGAUCUGGAUCAGAAUAAACCGGUGGCUAAGGAAAUGGGACACUCGGGAGAGUCUGUGGUUCUGCCCUGCUCCUGUACUGAACUACAGGCUAAACCUGAACAACUUACAUGGACAUUUACUGCACUAGACAAAAACUCUGAAGAAAUUUACCCACAUGAACAGAGCGAGAGAGACACAGGUCGAGUCAGACUAUUAAAUGAAAUCUCUCCUGGAAAUCUCUCUCUACAAAUAUCAAAUUUGACCAAAGAGGACCAGGGAGAAUAUCGCUGCUCUGUCUCAUCUCAACAGCACAUUAACAUCAGACUCAUUGUUCAAGAGGAAAUUUACUUUCAAUCGUUCUGUUUAUCAACCCAUAAACCUGCAAAACACAGAGAAGAAAGUUCAACCACUCAACACACAGGAGGCAUAACAAGAAAACAGCCACAAAUCUUGCAUUAAUAAUGAGUUUCCAAGUUCAAACAGCAGACGCACCAGCACAGAGACGCAGCAGAGCACGUGGAGUCUAUCAGCACCAAGUAAAAAUGACUCUAAAUCAUAAUCUGCAUUUUAUUUGAAACAUCCAAAACUUUCUGAUCUAACUUUGUUAACCUAUUUUAUGGCCUCUAUUUUAUCUCAACAUAUCUUGUUUAUACCCUCUUUAAUUUUAAGAUGUGUGUAUACUUAUGUGUGUUUAGCUAAUUUCAAAAAGCUUUUUUGCUAGUUGACUUCAAUUAUCAUGGGAAGAAAAAGCCAGACCAAAAGCAGUGCUUUGGAGUUAAAGAUUAGUAGCAUUUUCUUCAUAAUCUCUAAGGCAAGUUUCCAGAAGGCAUUGUUAUCUUGGUAUCAUGUAAUUCUUUUUGAUGAUUUAACAAAUAGUGCAUAUAUGUCUGUCUUCCAGGAGUUUACACUUUUGUUACAAUAAAAAAUAUUGUCAAAAUAUAUUAUAGCUAGAUAUCAUGUCACUGAUGCUACUUAAGAAAAUACUUUGUAUGAUCUCUCUCUCUCUCUCCUAAGCUUUAUUAGCAUGACUGUAACACAAUGUUGCCAAAGCAUUAACAUAUAUAUAACAACAUAAAUAAAAUCCAUCUAAAUA